AUGCAAAUGGAAGAACCUCCAAAUGAAAUGGUUCAUUUAAUCUCAUCUAAAAGAUCUCGUUCUCUCACUCUUCUGUUGUCCAACACUGACUCCAAUACACACAUCACCAACAACAACAAUAACAAUAAUAAUAAUAAUAACAACAACGAUAACAAUAAUAACAAUAAUAAUAAUCAUAAUCAUAAUCAUAAUCAUAAUCAUAAUCAAACAGAUUUCAGUAGCAAAUACAUUAAUAAUAACAAAAACAAUAACAAGCAUAACAAUGGAAAUUUCAAUAUUAGAAACUUUUUACCUCAUGUUGGAAUCGGAAUUGGAAGAAGAAAAGUUGUAAAUGAGGCCCCAGUAGGUUAG